GAUAAAAUUUUGCUGGAGAGGUGUCUGUGUUUUGCUGAAUAAAGUUGACAUUUGCGUAAUUGUCAAUGAAACAUUUGGCAAGAAAGUUACAUGAUUAGUUAGUAUAGAUGGAGCAAGACCAGGCAUCAGAUUGGGGUAGUUGGCCCCUCACUGAUCAGACCAACGAGAUUGAUGCAAUGGUUGAUGCCUACCAUGAACAGCAGGAUUGUGAUGAGCCCAUCCCAGAGCCCAACAACAGCUCUCUGGAGGGAAAGGAGGACUCGCUCUAUGAAGAAAGCAGUGCCUUAGCUGGUGAAGAUGAUUUUGUGAAUGAUUACGCCAUGUACGAUGGCUAUGAUAGUUAUAAUGAUAGUGGGUCUGGAGGGGCUCGAUCGGAUGACGACAGUGGCCAGGGAUACAGUGAAGAGGACCAACUGGUCGAUAAGAAAGGUGUUAUCAAGAGUGGCAGCAGCGUUUAUUUCUACCCUACAGGAAAGGAAGGAAUGGCGACCUGUGAAAAUUGUGGCACCAUUGGAAUAAAACAUGCGUUUUAUUCCAAAUCGAAAAAGUUCUGCAGCCUCCCAUGUUCUCGGGAAUACGGUGAGAAGUUCCCCCAGUCUCAACAGAAGCGAACGGUGAAUAAACAAGACCAGUCGAAGAAGAAGUCGAGACCAAAAGGAAAUCACGUUCAGAAUGUGAAUCAGGAACCGGCUUCUUUUGACUGGAGUAACUAUUUGACUGAUACAGAUGCGGACGCAGCUUCUGUGUCUUGUUUUAAACAUGUGGCAAUGACUGACGCCUGGGAGAACAUUACAGUCGGUAUGAAAGUAGAGGUGCUAAACUCGGAUUGUGACAUCCCAAACAAUGCCUACUGGAUUGCUGCCGUAUUGAAAAUAGCUGGUUAUAAAGCCAUGUUGCGCUAUGAAGGCUUUGGCCAAGACAGUUGCCGAGACUUCUGGGUGAAUCUCUGUACGAAUUCGGUUCAUCCGGUCGGCUGGUGUGCUACCAUUGGGAAACCUCUUGUUCCUCCCAAAACCAUACAACAUAAGUAUUCUGACUGGAAGGAUUUCCUCGUCAAAAGGCUGACCGGUGCUCGAACAGUUCCAAAUAACUUCUACAGCAAGGUGCUAGAAAACCUGAACAACGGGCAGCUGAAGAAGGGCAUGUUUGUUGAGGUCGUCGACAAGAUGUGUGUGUCAGCGAUGCGCGUCGCCACUGUCGAUGAAGUUCACGGCGGCCGACUCCGGCUGAAAUACACAGACUCGCUAAUGGUCAACGAUGAUUUCUGGGUGCAUGAGCGGUCACCCUUGGUGCAUCAUGUUGGCUGGUCACAGAUGGUCGGACAUAAGCUACAUGCGUCUGCUGAAUAUAAAAAUCGAAGUCUCAAAAAAAUUGCUCUGAAAAAUUAUGCAGAUGAUGACAGUCGACCGGAUAUGUUUCCCAAACUGAAAGAUCCUCCUGAGGGCAUAAGGUUUGAAGUCGGCAUGAAACUUGAGGCGAUCGAUCCGUUGAAUCUCUCAUCAAUAUGUGUUGCCACUGUCAUGAAGGUGCUCCGUAAUAACUACUUGAUGAUCGGUAUUGACGGUUCAAUGGCGGCAAAUGGAUCUGAUUGGUUCUGCUACCAUGCUUCAUCACCCUGUAUAUUCCCAGUCGGUUUCUGUGAAAUCAACAAUAUCGAACUCUCCCCUCCAAAAGGCUACAGAACACCGCCAUUCAAAUGGUUCGACUAUCUGAAGCAAACAAAAUCAGUGGCAGCACCGGUGAAACUCUUCGAUAAAGUCAUACCAAAACAUGGGUAUAAAGUCGGCAUGAAGUUAGAAGCUGUUGAUUUGAUGGAACCGCGACUACUUUGUGUCGGGGCAGUGGGACGGGUCGUUGGUCGACUUUUGCGGAUCCAUUUUGAUGGCUGGGAGACGGAAUACGACCAGUGGGUGGAUUGUCAGUCCCCGGAUAUCUAUCCGGUCGGUUGGUGUGAAAUGGUUGGAUAUAAUUUGGAGGGCCCGAGGCAUGAUUAUGUGGCAGCCCUGGCAGCAUCACAACCAAAACGCAAGAAGCCAAAGACUCAAGUAUAUCGUGGACCAAGAAAGAGUAAGUCCAGUGCAAGUGGCAAUACCCAAAAGACCUCUAAAACAAAGAGAAAACCAAAGACACCCCCCAUGAGGAUAUCAGGCUCGGGUCGUGGAGGUUACACCUACAGUACUCCUUCAUAUGUCCCGCUGCCCCCUGAGCAAGUGGCUGCAACACUACCACCACCUUUACUCGACGAGAGAGACUCGCAAGAUAGCAUAAAAAUGUCAAAGGAAAUGCCGAUGGAAGUGGAUUCAUCUGGUUCAGACUCAAAGGAUUCAAAACCUCCAACGAUGAUGCAAACGAACCCAACACUCCAAACCAAGGGUAAUGACAUGCCUAACCUCACCUCCAUGAUAACCAAACCAACACCUACGAUAACCUCGUCCCCAAAAACACCCCCAAAUAACUCACCAAUGGCUGCGGCGUUAAAAACAGCGACUGCCAUUUGGAAGCAACAGCAACAACAACAUCAGCUGGUGAAACACAACUUACAAGUGUCGCCACCGAGAAAUACGAUGAACAUGUCGCCACAGCGGGUACCAAAUCUGUCGCCUCCAAGGGUUCAGAAUUUAUCACCACCCAGAGUACCGAACCUCUCUCCUCACCAUGUCCAGACUCUAUCACCACCCCGAGUUACGGCUGUAUUGACGAAUAUCUCGCCACCAGCAGGACUUACAACACCUCCAGGUGGAAACAUGUUUAUCCCGGCUACGACGACAGUCCUGUACGGGAGUCCACCAGUCAAGCACGACUCCUCACCCGCACAUUACGUCCAAUCAGCCUUCACCCAUUACAUUCCACGCAUUUUACCAGGAGACACAAGUGAAGACAAUCUGCGGCUCUCGUCGAGUCGGCCUUACACUCCAGAAUUAUGGACUUCAAACGACGUCUGCCAGUUUCUGCAGAAAAACGAAUGUGGGGCUUACAGCGACAGUUUUAGUAAGAGGGGUAUUGAUGGUCAUAAAUUCCUGACAUUGAGCAAGGAACAGAUUGUGAACUUAACCGGCAUGAAAGUCGGACCUUCGCUGAAAAUCUUCGAUCUCAUUCAGUCUCUUAAGAUCAAGGUUAAGGAACAAAGUCGGGCCAAGGUCAGCUUGAAGCCUUCAAGGACGUAGCUAGUGAGGUGCAGGGAUUUGUGGAAUGGAUGUAAUCAAACGUAUUGAAUGAGAAAUGUGGACUCGCUCGAGGAUAAACAAAUAUGAUGUCAAUGAACUGGAAAAUGCUGGUUGCUUAUGCAUCUUUCAAUGUGCAUGUAUGUCCUCUGCACCCCCCAUUUAUGUGGUGCUGGCCAUGUUUCGACAUCUUACUCUACUAAGGCUCCAUAUCUGUACGUCAUCAUUGUGUAAUUAGAUUAAGGGGGAGUGCAAGGCACACAUUGACACUUGCAUCAACGGUGGACCCUCUGGGCUCCUAAGCUCUACUGUAGCCUAGAAUGUGGGCGGGGAACUGAAUUCAUAACCGGUGCAAAGCCUCGAAACAUUUGUAGCAAUUGCUCAAUUAAUAACCUCGGCACUGGAUUUUACACUGAACAGGGUCAGAUAAUCAUGAAUGUAAGUGAUAGGCUCUGAGAAUUGAAAAGUUUCAAAAGUAUUAAAAUAACCAAUUUUGAAAAAAUGUGUUGUCAACAUCAGUCACUCUACAAUGCAUCUCUGUAAAAAGCCAUCAUCAAGGUAGUCUGUAUAUAAUCUUAGACUAUUGCUAUUUGCCAUAUUAAUACUAUCUAAAUCUUGUAGAUGUUAGUGACUUGGGCAUUUUGUACUGAAAUAAAGUGACUCAUCACAUUGAGUCUAGCAUGAGGUCACAUUGCAUUCUUUUAAGGUGGAUAUCGUAAAAUAAUGACUUCUAGAGUAGAGUGUCCUUGAUAUCAGAUUCAAUGUUGUGGGUCGCUUAUAGGGACUAGUUUGUGUUCAUUGAUUUCAAUCCUGCUUUUCAGCUACAUACAUGUACUGCAUAUAUUGUCAUCUUAUGACCAUCUUUGAGCUUGGGUUCAUUUUUGCAUAGAGCAUUAUAUUACUCUUCAUCAUAUGUUUAUAUGAAUACACAUCCAUAAUACUUGUACUCCUAUUCCAAAGGCAGCAUAGCAUUUUUGUACAGUGACAUUCAUGUACUGUAAAUUAAGAUUUGUGUACUGUAAAUCAACAUUUAUGUACUGUAAAUGUACUGAAUUAGGUUUGUAGAGUAAUGUGUAUACCACUGGAAAACAUGUGGUCACAGUAGUUACAUUAAGUCAUAAUAUAAGGAUUCAAUUUUAGUCGAAUCACGUCGCGUUCAGGUUGAACUUUGUUGCCGGUGCAUACAUUUAAGUGAGUGUAUUUGAAAUAUUUGAGUGAGAUAUCUAGAUAUCGGAGCAACUGAGCAAAGUCUGCUUCACGAAAACAUUUUUUGUAUGAAGUGGGAAAGACGAUGAGAAAACUUGUUGCCAUAGCAAGUACUGCUGAAAUAUUUAGGGCUAAAAUAGAUUGCGUGUUGCUUGAUGCCAGAUGCCAAUUUCGACCGCUGUGCCAUCAAUGAAAGAGAAAAACCUAUAAGUUAAAGUUAGCAUAGGUCAUCGUCCUCCACAGUGAGGCUUGACUUCAUGUGCUGUAUAUUGUCAUGUUUGUAAAUAGGCCUGUUCAUUUGUAUGUUGAGUCAUCUUGUCACCAAAAGUCAUGUUCUGUUCCAUUGUCGUCGUGGCUCCCAAAGCAUAUAAGAGAAAUCACAUUGUAAAUGUUGGAUUCAGUCUCAUUUCAUGUCAUUAUUGUAAAUAUACACUCAUGUCAUUGUCAUUUCAAAAGUUCAUUUUUAUUUAUGUAGGUAAAAAGGGGUAGACUAGAAUAGAUUCUGACAUGUAGAAGCCCUGCAAUCAAAUACUGCAAAACACCAAAUUUUCGGAGGAAUUUUUUUUUAUGGACAUUUCUAAAAACUCAGAUUCGUGGGUCUUGUCUAUUGGUGAAUUUGUUAACCAGAACUGAACUCGAUCGAAACGAGGCACUCAGUUGAUACUAAAGUUUGGUUCAUUAGCUUUACAAUGACAUAAGUUGGUGGUUCAGUUCUGCAAAAGGCGUCGCAACAAAAUAAAACGGGCGCAAUAUUGCAUUUGUUGAUCAACUUAAAUACCCUCUGUAAAUAAACCUUCUCGUACAUGUAAUACGCGCAUCAGAUUAUUUUUGUAAAACCAGCUAGUCAUGUAUGUUGUAUGUCUGUCCAUUUCAUUUUGUUAUGUAGUCUCGGCCAUAGAUGUAAAAGCAGAUUUAACAUAUGGGGCCUGCAAACGAGCUAUUUUGUAACCUGCAUGCAAGAAAAAUGGCUCUUUGGGGUGGUGAUCGUGUAGGUACCUGCAGAAUCCGUGACUGCACCGCCCUGUGAUCGAUAUCAAAUCCAGCGGUCCCAGUUUUACCCGCAGAUGGGAGAUCCAUUUGUCAUGCGUUGCAGUGACUUCAAUCGCAGGUUGUUUAAAUUGCUCUUUUGCGCGGUGCUCUAGAAAUAUUGACCAACUGGAAUAAUUGUUGCUUUAGGUUUUAGCCAGGGUUAUCCAAAACAGGUUAUCUUGUUGGCAGAAUAUUUAUUCAAAGCUUUUCGCCAGCUACAUAUUCCUACAUUCAGUUAAUCUUUUGAGGCAGAACUUCCAUAGUGUCGAAAAUCAUGUUAUUUUGUAAGGAGUGUGUUUAUGUACAGGCUUGAUCAGUACAGGGUGGCCCAGAAUUAUCUUCCCUCGCACAAUAGGAUUCUAUUGUGUGAGGGAAGAUAAUUCUGGGCCACCCUGUAGAAUGAGACGGAAUAGAAAAGCAUUAAUGCAUCUAAUUCUGGCCCACUUGGACAAAAGUCUGGCCAAAAAAUUCAGUCCUUAAAAAUCCUCUCUUGGAAUGAAAGGCGGUCAAGAUGAAUGCAUCAGACUGUCCAUUUUGUUUAUGGAAACUACAUGUAUGAGUUCCUCCCUAGCAUUUAUUAGUUAAUCAUAUUUGUAAAAAGAUUUACCAGCUUUUGAUAAUGACAGUUGUUCAAGGAUUUGACAGGCUGCAAUA